UAUAAAUACUCCGCUGAGCUGCCCUCUAUCCGGUGCACUGUGUGCAGCUUCGGUUGCUAAGGAACGGCUGAAUGCAGGUGGCAUAAAGAUGAUGGUGGCGUGGUGAGAAAGCUGGUCAGUCUGGCAGGUUGAGGUGUGGAGGGGACACCACAAACCAAGCCAGGAUUCUGACUAAUAACAUUUGCACUGCCCUCAGUAGAUCUCCUCAUCAUCUCCAUGUCUGUCCCUGGAUUGUAGCUACAAUAAUGGUGACGCUUAUCACAGAGCAGCUCCGUAAGCAGAGUUUGGAAGAGCCUUAUUACAAGGCUUUCUCAUUCAAUGUGAAUGUGUCAUUACCUGCAGUGGGCUCCAGUCCCACUGUCUCGUGGAGUGCUUAUAAAUCAACGCAAGACACCAGCUCAGUUACACACCCAUCAUCCAAAGCCAACCAUCUGGAUGAUUCCUGUGGACCAGACUCCCUAUGGCCUCCUUCCCAUUCUGGAGAAUCUAUCCAGAGAUCAGAAGUUUUCUUUACAGACAAAGCUUUCCAAAGCUCACCCCCGCCGCCACCUCCAAAACGCCACUGCCGGUCCCUGUCUGUUCCAGAGGACCUGUCUCGGUGCCGCUCCACCUGGCAUCCUAGUGCAUCCAAGGUUUGGACCCCUGUCAAACGUGGCUGUCAAAGUGGAAGAACAUCUAGUUCAGGCUCUGGAGCCAGCUCUUUGCCACUUUGUGGUCCCAGUUCCUCUUUUACCUCUUCAUCCCUACACUCAUCCUCUAGCCCUACCUUCUUUAGCUUAGCACUGUCCUCUGAUUCCCCACUACCAUGGAGCUUCCCAUGGGACCCCUGUGACAAACUGAAAGGAGCCUGUUCUGCCUCCUUCGCCACUCCUUCCUCUUGCUCCUCUUCACCGGCCCCCCUGGUUUCUCACUCAGUGCUGCAGCGCCGCUUCUCCCUCUCGCCUGUGCACAUUCAGGACGCCUCCGUGGUGCUUCUGCCCCCUCAGCCCUCCCCUGCUUCUGUUCUGACAUAUGGCUGUGCUGGCAUGGAACACCCAGCCCUGUCUCCUUCUCCCACUUCAGCCUGCAGUACACCUUCCUCCUCUAGGCGUGACCUGCACCCGGCACUGCCACGAUGCCACUCACAGCCCUGUGACAUGCGCAAACCUCGCUUGAAGAGGCGCCAUGACCCAGAUGUUCUCCCCUGCCCCAGGCCAGGCCUUGACUUCAGCAAGAUGACCCAGAUCGGUAAUCACGAGAGCCUAGUGUGUGCUACAGGUGGCUGCGUAGUCCAAGUGUCUUCCCAGGCAGAGCAGCGCUCAGCCUUCUCCCCUGCCGAGUUCCUGGGACGAGCCAGCAUCGGGCCGCUAAGUGAAAGUGAAGAAGAAGAAGAAGAGGAGGAGGAAGAUAAAAGAAAAAGGACUGUGAUAGAUGGAGGACAAAAGAUUGUUUUUGAAAGAGAUUGCACAGAACUGGACUUGAACCUUAUAGAAGAGAACUGACCACUCCUUGGUGCUCCCAGUGUGAUUACUGCAUUCAUAACCAUGUUAAGCACACCUGUAGGCUUUGUGCGCUCUUCUGGCAGAGUCCUUGGGAACCUGCUGCCCUCCUAAGGCUUUUGUCCAGAGUUCAUAAUCAAGAACUGAGCAAUUAGAAGCUAAUAUCAAAUUACAAUGUUAUAGGGAAAUGUGCAUGAGCAAAUAAGCUAGUUUUCAUGCACACAGAAUUUUGGCUAAUAUUUCUUCUUGAAACAAGUCUUAAUUUGUGUUUGCCUCUGGCACACAUCUUGAUAUCGUUGCAUAUCCUCAUGAGAGAUCACUAUAUACCGGAGCAGGCAGAAUAUGCUUAGUAUUUCCUCAUAAAUGAUUUGAAUACACACUGAGAGCUAAUAGAUUAAGGGGAUAGAGGUAUGCUCAGCGCCCCAUCAGAUACCGGUGUAGUCUACUUUGUAUUUGGGUCUCUGUAUUUGGAAAAGGAGCUGUUGAAGGUGGACAUCAAACGAACAUUUGAGGAGCCCAAAAACAACAGGAGAAUAUUGAUAUGUAAACGCUUUCUUGUCUGUUGAAUAGACACAUUCCAGGAUUUCAAUGCAGCUCCUUAAAUUUCCCCUCUAGAUUUUCUUUUUGGAGUUUUCUCAGUUGCUUGAACAUUAACACCUUGUCAAGAAUAAUACUGCUGAUACUGUAAACUGACCAUGCCUUAAGCUUAAACACAGAGUUCUUGGUGCUCUGGUCUUCUUUUCACAGCCAGACAACGAUUUUGCAGUCUCCAUUUGCGCUGAUUCAGAUCCUUUUUGAACAGGUGGCACAUGCACUAUAAUAGUCAAACGAAUAACUGAAUCGAUGCUGCAGCUGGACUCCAUAGGGCACAAUGUAAUGUACUGUACAGCGGUUAGAGCGAGUACACACAUCAAGCCAAUUCUAAGUGUGACAAAGGCGGGUAGAGAUGCAGAUGAUCUGGUGGCCUUUCAGAAAUGAUUUUUCAUGUGUUUUCAGAUAGAGAUAUUACUGUUGCACAAUUUAUGUACAAAUAAAAUUUAAUAGAGAAUGAUA